AUGUCAUCUAUUAUUUCAUCAUCAACAUCUUUAAUAUCAAAUACAAAUCGAUCAAUAAAUAUUUCAAAUGAAAAUACUAAUGAAGAAGAUCAAUUAAAUCGUAUUAAUUUACAAGCAUUACAAAAUCGUGAUCCCUACAUAACCAAAAUAAUUGAUCAAGCUCAACGUGUUUGUGUUUAUAAAUUUAUUGGUGAAAAACGUGAAUGGGAACGUAAAGAUCUUGAAGGAACAUUAUUUGUUUAUGAAAGAUCAUGUGAACCUUAUCAUGGUUUUGUUAUAUUAAGUACUGUAUCACGUGAAACAUUUGUACAGAUAAUUAAAUCAUCUAUGGAAUUUAAACAUUCACCUAAUUAUGAAGCAUUUCUUCAAUAUAAAGUUGAUGUCGGAGAUAUUUAUGGUAUAUGGUUCAUAUCAAAAAAUGAUUGUCCUCGUGUAACUGAAUGUUUAAAACGUUUAACAAUACAAACUAAAGAAUAUGAACAAUCAAAACAAAAUCAAUUAAUAAAUAAUUUCGAUAAUCAAAAUUUACUUUCAACAUUAAAUCAAAGUUCAUCAGAUAUAUUUUCAUUAUUAAUAAAUGCUCAAGAAAAAUUUCAAGAAACAAAACGUAAACAAGAAAUGAAUAAUACUGAUACAAUAACAUCAAUGCCAGCUGCAUUAUUACGUAUUUUUUCUACACAAGAUACACAAGUACAAUUAACAAAUAAUGAUGAACGUGAACAAGAAUUAAAAAAAACAUUAGGAAUUUUAGGAAAACCAGCUUUAAGUGUAACUGAACUUGAAAAACAAUUAUUACAACCGUCAUCAUUAGAUAUAACAAAAGCUAUGGCUAAUUUUACAGGAAAUAAUAAUAAUUACACAAUUGAAAAUCUCGUCAAACCUGUGCAGAUUGAAAAUAAAACUUCUAUUCAAACAUCACCUCAUUCAAUAUCACCACGUGUUGUAACUAAUUCUACAAAUGAUUGGACAACAUCUAACCAAAAUCUUUUUAAUGGAUUCGAUACAUUCUCAAAUAAUAAUGGUCGUUUAAUGACACCAGCUGAAUUUCAAACAUUACGAAUAACUCAAUCACCUUCUUUCAUUCCUUCAAUACAAAACGAUGUAACAACAUCUUGUUGUCAUUGUCAAAAUCAACAAAUUUCAUCUAUGAAUCCGUUUUCAAAAGAUACACUUCGACAAUUAUUAAUUGAUAUGCUUCAAAAUGACGAAGAAUUUCUAACAGGACUGCAUAAUGCUUAUACAGAAAAACAAAAUGAUUUACAUCGAAUCUAUUCAUAG